AAGGUAAUUUUCGACAAAAUGCCGCAGCAUAUCAAAGCUCCCGUGAAUUGCUACAGUUUCAUUUUGCUGAUGAUCAUUCAAUGAGUUUUCAAUUCUGAAGGAUAGCCCAUGACAUCGAGCUCACACCGACGGCCGAGAUGAACAUGAGGCCAGCUUGCUCACCGACACAAUUGCACGAAGAAGCAUACUCAAGGUCUCCUGUUUCGGAUGAGACACUGGAAUCCGUUAACCGGAUGUGCGAGAUGCUCAAAGAACUAUCCAGUCUACCAAAGUCAGAAAAGCGCAGAAGAAAAUUGCCGGCCAUUCCUUCGGGCAGAAAACCCCUGAGCAAGUUGUCCCAGAAUGGUGGCUCUCUCGCAGAUGAGCUACGUGGCCUGGAGCAUCUUCCACCAGAAGCACGGAAGGAUGGUCGUGCCAAGUUGAUCCAUCAAGUGUCUGACAGACUGUAUCUGGAGAUCGAUACAUCUGGGACACAGCCAAAGUCUUGCCUACGGCUGUACGAGAAAGGCGCAGGCAGCAGCGGAACAGGAAGCUGCGCUGAGGAAGACUCGAGCCCCGAGGAUUCGAGGUACCGACUCUGUCUGGACACGGGUGCAGACAGCGGGAACUCUACCGCUCAUUCACCAGAUGGGGCCAAGUCUGUCUCUCCUACAGCUAAUGGUUCUCCCUCUUGCGUUAGCACCCCAAGUUCUACCACAACCUCUGGUGGCAGCCAGCUGCAGUUGCACGAUGCAACGCAUAGGGGCUUGUACAGGUUUGUGCCACGACACCCCGACGAGAUAGAAGUCGACAUUGGUGACCCAAUCUAUGUUAGCAAGGAGGCUGACGACUCCUGGUGCGAAGGAGUGAAUCUGCGGACUGGAGGAACGGGAAUUUUUCCGAGCGCUUAUGUGACAGACGUCGAUUACACUGACUUUGGCUCAGACGGACAACAGGUGCGGAAAGAACGGUUUAUGUUGGACUUUCUGGGUUCUGUCGAAGUUGAGUGCCACAAAGGAAACCCUGUAUUCUGCCAAGCAGUUCGCAAGGUUGUCAAGGCUAGCUCAGCUGAAGUUGGAGUGCACGGACCACAACCUUGCAUCUUGGAAGUCACCGACCAGGGGCUUCGGAUGGUGGACCGGAGAACACCAGCGCCAAAUCAUGUGCCAACCCACGAUUACUUUUUCAACCUGAAGAAUGUUACCUUCUGCGGCUACCACCCCGCCGAUCAUAAGUACUUUGGUUUUAUUACGAAACAUCCCCUACGGCAAAGGUUUGCCUGCCACGUCUUUCGGGCCGAUCAUUCCACUCGGGACGUGGCUGAAUGCGUCGGGCGUGCCUUUCAUCGGUUCUAUCAGAAGUUCAUAGAAGCUGCUUACCCUACCGAGGACCUCUACAUUGAAUGAAUAUACAGUGCCACUCCCUGUCUGUUAAACGUUGGUGUCUCCCUGCUCUCAACCUACGCGCUUUUUUAAUUGUGGUUAACACGCGGCACAGGCAGGCGAUGCAGAGAGAGAACUGCAAUGUCUUGUGUCUUAAAUCUGUUGUUGCAUCUUGCGUAAAUUACACCCCAGCUUGUGUUUAUCUAUAGACAUUAAGAUUGAAAUGAGGAACAUCACUUGGAACGAUGAUUAUGUGUGACGGGGGGCAGUAACGGUGUCCACUCAGGGCUAAACUGACAGAUGCUUUGACAGAAGGUUCACUACGAUUGGAGGACAUUAUUCGCAUUUGGGAUGCAUCCAGUAACCGAAACCUCCGUUCACAUGUGGAACCAACGAUUUAGGAAUCGAAACGAGAUGUCGUGGUGCCCAUAACUUGAAAUGGUAAGCAGUCUAAGAAUUCAAUCUCAUCUGAGACAGCUCUUUCGACUCUUCUUUCUCGGAUAUCUCGUUUCUACAAAAUCGUCCUCAAUUGUAACGUAAAUGCGUACGAAACUUAGAGAUCUAAGCCAUCCUCACCAAUAGCCAUUUGUGAAUGAGCUUUCCCAAAUCUUUCAGUGACCAUUUUUCAGUUCCGAGGUUCAACGGAAUGUCGCCUUAUACAUCUUGUGUAACUGGGUAAGUGACAGGGUUUUGCAGUUUGUGAAAGGACACACCACAAAUACUCAUUUGCUGUAAAUAAUUGCUUCCCAAACUCCCAUGACCGGUAACACCCUCACUUUAUGAGCGGUGCUGAUUUGUUAAGCGCUGCAGAGGAGUGCUGCUGUUUUGAGCUUUGUCAAUAUGCCUGUAACAGUUUGUUGGGGCUGGAAAUUGUAUGCAGUUUUCUUUCCUUCGCUGUAUUGUUUUUGUUGUACGAGUCGUGAAAGACAUUACUUGAAAUUUUAAACAGGUGGCUGUGUUUGCUGUAAGAGUUUUAUGCAGUAUACUUCAUUAGGUUUGAGUUAAUUUUACAUCUACUUACAUCAUCUCAGUGUCCAAGUUUUUCCAUCAAAAACAAUGAAGAUGCACGAGAGAAAAACUUUUGGACAAAUGCCACAUACAAAGACUUUCUGAUUUUGAAGCUAUUUUAUAUUUAACUAAACAUUUUAGCAACUUCCAGAGUUAGCAUAAGGCCACAGUUUUUCUAACCUCGCGUGCAAUUCCCAGCCCUUCUCGUGGUAUAUAUAUUAUAUUUAUACUAGUGGUUUUUGUGUAGAAAUCACCAUGCAGAAAGUGCCAUGCACUGCUCUCCGUUGUUUCGAAUGUUGCAAACAUGAAUGUGUGUGUGCGGUGGUGACACGAUUGUUGAUUUUUACCUGCGCUGCAUAGUUGUCUGAGAUAACUAUGAUCUGUAGAGGCACAGUUAAGACCUGCUCCAAUGGGAAAGAGGGUUGUUUACUGCUUUUCCUAUUCAGUAGAUGCACCGUGAACUAAACAAGAAUGCCGUCUGUUUACUUUGACCAUCACUGUGAUAUAUUUUUUAAUGUCGUAUUACGACUUGUGUUUACAAUGUUUGUUGAACGAACGCUUGCCACUGUGAGUGCAGAGGCUCAUUUCUAUUGCGGUACCUCCAGAGAUGCAGUAACUUACGUUUCUAUGUCUUUUCCGACGUGCCAAUAGCGGUAAGACCGGUAACUGCGUCAGUGUUGCCAGAAUUGGGUGAAAAGUCACUAAAAUUUCGCAUAUAUUCUACAAGACCUGGCUUUGGAAGAUUUUAACCUCCUUGCCAAAUAAUUUGACAUCGGGGGUGGGGGGAAUCAGAGGUGCGUGCUAUCCUAUAGUGUGGACACAAAUUUUUCUGUGUAAAGUGAACUUGGUAAUGGCAGCUGUUCCCAUGACUCGAGACAGCCGUCAGGAUCUCUUCUGAUUUCACUGUGAUACAUAAAUGUGUAACUGAACCUCUUUCUUUUCAAUUUUUUAUGACAAGCUUCUUUUUUUGUUUGUUAUUAUUAUUAUUAUCAUCGAAGGAGUUGUGACACUUGGAGAUAUUGAAGACAAAGAACUGUAGUCCUAUGUGUUGUAGUGGGCCAGAUAAGACCCACGAACGAAUUUUUCCCGUCAAGCUCCGGCUUUGUUGGAGCUACAACCUAUUAAUAUUCCUAUUGGCCCUUGCGAGCACAUGACACCUCCCGGCUCUGACAUCACUGCCGUGAUGUCAGAGCCGACCGGGGUCUCGUAUUCACGGUACUGAUUUUGUAGGCGACGAUUACCCCCUCUGCAUGUAAAACUCGGAAUCACGUCGAUGCAAAAAAAACCUUCUGGCAUAACUCUCGGUGUCACAACCCCUUUAGGCUCGGCAUAGCGUAUCAUAUGUUUUUUACCGGUCCACAUUGCAGACGCAUCUGUGUCUAUAGUUCUGCCUAUUUAGUCCUCCUGAAGUGGGCUCCCUUCAAGUUUAGUCACAGUUUUAGACCACAUAGUAUUUUGGCACUGCCUUGGAACCCAGGUGUAUAUGCUGCGCACCAGUCCUGGAUAAGUUACUAAAAAAGUAACCGAGUUAAAGUUACCUUGCAAAAAUAGUAACUGAGUUGCGGUUACUCUUUUUUUAAAUGUAACUAGUUACAGCUACGGUUACCAUGUUAAAGUAACUUAGUUGCUCUACAGUUAUAUUUCAAAAAGUCGAAUAAGUGAAAACAAAGAAAUUCAUCUUAGCGAUUUUACUGUCAAAGCGUAAUUAUACUGUGUUACAAACAGAGGAUUUCCUAUGAGCCAGUGUAAGGCCAUGGAAAUUAGUUUAAGGCUGUUUACAAGACUACAAAAUUUGUGGAAUUCCAGCUUGGUAAAAAUAGCAGGGCAUUUGAAGCCUCGACAAAAUUUUGCUAGAGAACUGACGCAUGGAAAAUACUGUAAUACCUAAGUGACAUGGUUACAGUUACAUAAAUCGUAAAAGUAACUAGUUAGUUACAUCAAGUGGUAAAAGUAACUAGUUACAGCUACAUUGACGGUAAAAGUAACUACUGACAGUUACAUCAACGGUAAAAGCAACUAGUUACAAGUACAUCAAUGGUAAAAGCAACUAGUUACAGUUACAAGUUACUUGUAGCUAGGUUACUACCCAAGACUGCUGCGCAGCCGCAAUGAAAUGAAAGACCUUGUUUGGUAUUGACAUGUCGAAGACCUGUAAUGUACUCGAUUAGCGAAAAGAUAUCUCAUUUUAGGAGGAGAGUGUGAGAGGAGAAAAAAUGUGCACAACAUGAGGCAAAUAUUAAAAACAUUCACAGGAGA